GAACACAUGAAGAGUAAAUAAAAUUAAAAUAUAUAGCAAAUAAGAACAGACAAUCGUUUUAUGUAAUGCGGAUAUGAUUUCACAAUGAGUGCACCAGAAAAUCAAACCGGUACGAACUGUGCAACUGAUGAGACGGUUGAAAAUACGGAAGAGAAUGACAAACUGGCGCUUACCGAAUAUAUAUCUGGCCUGGAAGCAAGAAUAAAACAGAAAACUGAAAUGAGGAAUAGUAAUAUGAACUGCGUUCGACCCCCAGAAAACUUCUUUUCAAAACUAGAUUCUGGCUUAAAAAAGAACACCACUUUUGUGAAGAAAUUGAAGUCUUUCAGUGCUAUUCAAAUGGACGCGUUACUGAAAGAUUUCAGUGUUUUGAACCUUACCAAAUACAUAUCUGAGGUAGCGGCUGCCAUAUCAGAAGCAAAGUUAAAGAUGUCAGACAUACCAGCCGCAAUAAACUUGUGUUCAACUCUGCACCGCACAUAUUCAGAAUUCUCUUCAAGUCUCUUCGAAAAUUGGCAGAAACUACUUAAAGUGACAGAUAAAAUAACAAACUCUUCUAAAUUGCGUGUGGAUAUCAGAUUUUAUGCAGAGUUAGUUGCAGUGGGUGUGUUCCCUAAUAAAAUUGGUUUACCUCUUUUGGGAAAUGUUCUAACUGUUCUGAUCAACAUGGACAAGGAGGAGCCUAACAAUAUCCCAAUACUGUUGUCGUUCUGCAAGCACUGCGGUGAGGACUAUGCAGGGUUAGUGCCCAAGAAAAUCAAGGAUACUGCAGAGAAAUUGAAUGUGCAAAUACCACGAAACACAUUCCUGCCAGCCGAAAAGCAGGCAGUAGUGCGCCAGUUACUGAAGGACUAUUUCGCCACAUUACUCAAGCACUUGAUGGAGGAGCGGGCGCAGUUGCAGGCACUCCAUGCGGCCAAUCAGCGGACGCUGCACACACGUGGAGAGCUCUCGCAGGAGCGCAAGGACCAGCUGGAACACCACCAGGCAACUUACGACAAACUGCUAGCCGGCGCUCAAAGCUUCGCCGAGGUCCUCGGCGAGGUGCUAGGCGAGGCGGGCGAGCCCCCGACACUGUCCAUGACCGUGAUCGAGACCCCCGGCACGGUCACCAUCGGCGGCGCCGAGGAGUUCAACAUGCAGGCCGGCACCGACCCCUGGCAGGAUGAGGACACUAGGACGUUCUACACUCACUUGCCGGAUUUGAAAGUGUUCAUGCCUAACUAUCAAUUAAAGGAGACAACAAAAAGUAAGACUGAAACCGUAACAGAAGAGAUGCUGGACGAGGACCUCAAAGAAGAUGAGCUAAGUGACAGCGAGGAGCCCCCCGUGCCUGAUGUGGAGGACGACCAUCAGCCCGCCAGCGUCUCCAACAAAUACGCUCUGGAUGCAUUUUUGAACGAACUGCCCAACUGUAUCAAUCGGGAACUUAUUGACAACGCAGCUGUAGACUUCGUCUUGAAUCUCAACACCAAAAACAACAGGAAGAAACUAACAAGGGUCCUGUUCAGUGUUGCCAGAACCAGAUUAGAUUUGUUGCCAUUUUAUUCCCGGUUUGCGGCAAAUCUGUAUCCAGUGUUGCCUGAUGUUUGCAUCGACUUAUGCCAGAUGUUGAAGCAAGAUUUUAAAUAUCAUGUUAGGAAAAAGGACCAGAUCAACAUUGAAUCAAAGAUAAAAGUAGUCAGAUUCAUUGGUGAAUUAGUAAAAUUUAGUCUGUACUCUAAAAUGGAAGCCCUAUACUGCCUGAAAGUCCUACUACAUGACUUUAAGCAUCAUCACAUAGAGAUGGCGUGCAACCUGCUUGAAACGUGCGGGAGGUAUCUGUACUGCAAUCCUGACACUCAUCAGAGGACGAUGAUUUAUUUGCAGCAGAUGAUGAGGAAAAAGACCGUUUCAGCCCUCGACUCGCGCUACGUAACGCAGAUCGAAAACGCGUUCUACUACGUCUGCCCGCCCGAAGCUCCGGCCCAACCUAAAGAGGAGGAACCACCGAUGCAUCAGUUCAUAAGGAAAAUCCUCCACGAAGAUCUACAGAAGAGUAACGAGGAAAAGAUCUUCAGACUGAUGCGGAAGAUAAAUUGGGAGGAUCCGGAGAUAGCGGCCGUGGCUAUACAGCACUUGGCGGGGGGGUGGCGCGUCAGGGCCAGUGCCAGGCGGGCGCUCGCGCGCAUGGCGGCUGAGCUCGCUGCUUGGCAGGAGAUGGUGGCGCCGUGCGUGGUGGACGCGGUGCUUGAGGACAUCCGCGCCACGCUGGAGGACCCGCACCCGCGCCACAACCAGCGCCGCAUCGCCACCGUGCGCUACCUCGGCGAACUCUACAACUACAAGCUACUCGACUCGCGCGAUGUCUUCACUGUCCUAUACUCGUUCAUUACUUUCGGCGUCAGCAACGACCACACUGUCAUCUCCCCGCUCGACCCGCCCGAGAACGUCUUCCGAAUCAGACUAGUUUGCGCUUUACUAGAGACCUGCGGCGCGUAUUUCAACAGCGGCUCGAGCAAAAAACGCCUCGACUACUUCUUAAUCUUCUUCCAAAAUUACUACUGGUACAAAUGCUCCGACCCCAUUUUUACCGAGGAAAACAAAUUCCCCAUUUACGUCAAAUAUAUUUAUCAGGAGUGCUUGACGACUCUCCGGCCGAAGUUGACGCUUUUCACGGAUUGGCAGCAGUGUAAAGACGCCAUUGAGGAGUUGAGGCAAACUUUGUAUCCAGAAUUAGGGGAACAAGAGUAUGAUAACGAGGACCAGGGUGAAGAUAGUGUUAAUGAUGGAUUGGAUACUAUAAUAGAGACUGAUGAUGAGACUGACAACCCGCAGUUGAUGGACGAGAGCUCGGAUGAUGAGCUGACGGAGAACGCUGGGGCUGAGGAGACCGAGGUGCAGAGCGAUGAUAAUAAUAUGGGCAACGAGCCGAGGAGACCCGCGCCUAAGCCGGUUGAAGACGUGGAAUUCGAGUCGGCAUUCGAAAAGAUGGUGAUGGAGAACAUAGCGGAGCGUCAGCGCGAGAACCGGCCGCAGCAGCGCGACAUCGCCGUGCCGAUGACGUGCCGCCAGACCACCAAGAAGACCUACGACCAGCUGCUGGUAGGCUCUCAAGGGGAGGAAGGUGUUGAGUUUGUCCUCAUGGUACGGAAAGGCACCAAGCCCCAGUACAAGUCGUUCAACGCCCCGCCUGAGCUGGCCAGCAACUUGCAGUUGCAGGCAUUGGCCGAUAAGCAGGAGAAGGAAAGAGUUAAACGGUUAACCUUGAACAUAUCAGAAAGACAAGAAGAAGAGGAAUACAGCGCCGAAAGCGGCGGCGGCUCUGGCGGGCUCGGCAACCCCAACCGCGGCCAGCACGUCCGCCAGAAGUACCAGCACCCCAAGGGCGCUCCGGACGCCGAUCUCAUCUUCGGACCAAAGAAAUUCAAAUGAAACAGACUCGACUCAACGGAAUUAUGAGUCUUGUCUUCUGCUGGUGGCAUUCACUUCAAAUGUUUCGAUGGAUGGUCUUCCGUUUAGUAAAGCGGAAGUUGUAAUCGGAUUUGUAUUUGUACUCCCAAGUACUUCUUGUUGUGUAUCUCAGUUAUUAAAUGAAGCGAAGAAAC